UAAUCACUGGAGAUGUCUCACAGCUACCGAUUACUACAAGCCAUAGGAAGAGAAAAAAGAGAGAGAGAGCAUGGCUUCUGAGAAGGUGGAGACCAUCAUCGCCGGGAAUUACGUCGAGAUGGAGACUGAAGGCGGCGAGGCAAAAGCCUCCAAGAGCAAGCUCUCAAGAUACCUCUGGCAUGGGGGUUCUGUCUACGAUGCUUGGUUCAGUUGUGCUUCCAACCAGGUAGCUCAAGUGCUGCUCACACUGCCAUAUUCCUUCUCCCAGCUGGGGAUGCUCUCGGGCGUCCUGUUUCAGCUGUUUUAUGGGCUGAUGGGGAGCUGGACUGCAUACCUUAUCAGUGUGCUCUAUGUGGAGUACAGAACGAGGAAGGAAAGGGAGAAGGUGGACUUCAGGAACCAUGUCAUUCAGUGGUUUGAAGUGCUCGACGGGCUUCUUGGGAAGCACUGGAGGAACGCUGGUCUAUUCUUCAACUGCACGUUCCUUCUUUUUGGUUCAGUGAUUCAGUUAAUAGCAUGUGCAAGCAACAUUUACUACAUUAAUGAUAAUCUCGACAAGAGAACCUGGACCUACGUAUUUGGGGCAUGUUGUGCCACAACAGUUUUCAUCCCUUCCUUCCACAAUUACAGAAUCUGGUCCUUCCUAGGCCUCAUGAUGACCACCUUUACCGCAUGGUAUCUAGCAAUAGCUGCCUUGAUCCAUGGCCAGGUGGAAGGUGUCGUCCAUUCAGGUCCGACCACGAUGGUACUAUACUUCACAGGUGCUACUAACAUUCUCUACACUUUUGGAGGCCAUGCUGUCACAGUAGAGAUCAUGCAUGCCAUGUGGAAGCCACAGAAGUUUAAGCUUGUGUACCUGUUUGCCACACUUUAUGUGCUAACUCUCACCCUUCCAUCAGCAGCUGCCAUGUAUUGGGCCUUCGGGGACAUGCUCCUCAAUCAUUCUAAUGCCUUCUCCUUGCUUCCGAGGACUGGUUUCAGGGACACUGCUGUCAUUCUCAUGCUCAUCCAUCAGUUUAUAACCUUCGGAUUCGCGUGCACGCCUCUUUAUUUCGUGUGGGAGAAGGCGAUCGGCAUGCACGAGACGAAGAGCGUGUUGAAGCGGGCACUGGCGAGACUCCCCGUGGUGAUUCCCAUAUGGUUCCUAGCGAUCGUAUUCCCCUUCUUUGGCCCCAUCAACUCCACCGUCGGCUCCCUUCUCGUUAGCUUCACGGUCUACAUCAUCCCUGCCAUGGCUCACAUGAUCACCUUCGCUCCGGCUUCAGCAAGAGAGAAUGCCGUGGAGAGGCCUCCGUCUUUUCUAGGAGGCUGGGUGGGUCACUACUGCGUCAACGUGUUCGUGGCGGUGUGGGUGCUGGUCGUUGGGUUUGGGUUUGGAGGGUGGGCGAGCAUGAUCAACUUCGUGCACCAGGUGGACACAUUUGGCCUCUUCACCAAGUGCUACCAGUGCCCUCCCAGGCGCUGAUCAUGCCAAUCAAUCGAUUGAUGCUACUUAACUCUCUGCCUGUUAAGUUUGAGGGAAUUAUGGGAAUGAAUUUGUGCCUGUGCGUCUGCAAGUGCCAUUUAAUUUACUUAUGAUUAAUUAGCUUGUAUAUGUAUCCUUAAGGAGGCACAAAUUGAUUAAAAAUUUAAAAAAAAAAAUCCAUUACUUUUGUU